AUCAGAGCUUUACUUAAAGAUGCUGAGGAGAAGCAAAUAUCAGAGGAACCUGUCAAGUUAUGGCUAGAUCGGCUCAGAGAAGAAUCUCUUAACAUGGAGGAUGCUUUGGAUGAGUGGAGGACUGUACUCCUGUAUCGGCGAACAGAUGGAGCUGAGGAAAGUGCUUCUUUUUUUCAGAGGAAGGUACGUGUUUUCCUCAGAUGCUUUUCUUUUCAUCCUGUUAGAUACCGUGGCAUUGCUCACAACAUAAAGGAAAUCAAUGGAAGGUUAGAUAAGAUUGCUGAGGAUAAAGAUAGGUACCAGUUAACAAGCACUGCAAUGAUCAGUAGACUGCCAAGACAAGGAGAAAGCAAAUCUUUUAUUGAUGAGUCAAGCUUGCUUGGUCGAGAUGAUGUCAAGAAUGAAAUAAUCAGCUAUUUGUUGUGUGAGCCUAGGGAAGAAGAAGAGGGUAGCCCAAUCCAAACCAUCUCUAUAGUGGGGAUAGGAGGUCUUGGUAAGACUGCUAUCGCCCAACUGGUCUACAAUGAUGAAAAUGUUAAACAACAUUUCACUUGUAGAGUCUGGACAUAUGUUUCUGAAAAUUUUGAUGAGAGAAAAAUCGCAAAAGAUAUCAUUGUAGGGCUUCAAGGCCGAGAAAAACAAGCAAACCUCCAGUCGUUGGAGUCAUUUUCAUUAGAUGCUCUUUUAGAUAAUGUUCACAGAUCCAUAGAGGGAAGGAAGUACCUUCUUGUUCUUGAUGAUGUAUGGACAGAAAAUGAUAAAGAUUUUGAAGGACUGAAUGCUACUUUCAAAUGUGGUGCUCCGGGUAGUAGGAUACUGGUGACUACACGUAAGAGCACUGUUGCAAGAAUUAUGAGAAGUUCACACACCUUUCAGUUAAAUAACUUGAGCCCAGUGAUAUGUUGGUCUAUCAUUAGGGAUAUAGCACUAAGAGAAAAGGACCAAAGGACUUGUGAGGAGUUCAAGCCUGUUGGAUUGGAAAUUGCAAAAAAGUGCAGUGGUUUGCCGCUUGUUGCAAAGACUUUGGGAGGCCUUUUGCGGUUUAAAACUAGCAUACAAGGGUGGGAGAAUGUUUUGAAUAGUGAGUUGUGGAGAAUGGAAAUGGUACAUAAAGAAGUUUUUGUUCCUUUGUUGUUGAGUUAUUAUGAUCUGCCCUCACCAGUAAGACAGUGUUUUACAUAUUUUGCUUUCUAUGGUAAACGCUGGCAUCUGAGUGUUUGUCAUAUGAUUUCAGUCUGGAUGGCACAAGGUUACUUAGGCCUUGAUGAUGAUAAUUCGCUAUUGGAACAAAAAGGCGCUGAGUACUUCCAGUGCUUGAUGGAUCGCAGUUUCUUCCAAGGUGUUAAGACUCGAAAUCAACAGCUUUGUUGUGAGGUACAUGAUUUGAUACAUGACUUUGCUCUCUUUUUGACAAGGGGAGAGUGUAUUAGCUUGAAGGUCCCCAAUGGUAAUAGAAGUUUAACAAUGAACCGAGAAAGAACUCCUCGACAUUUGACAGUGAGGACGAAAAAGGGUUUCCAUUUUCCUGAAUUCAUUCCUGAUGCAGAAAAAUUGCGAAGUGUUGUGAGUUAUGGUAGUGAUGAUCAUGCUCCCAUCAGUGAAAGAGCCAUGCGUAAUUUGUUUAAUCAAGCUAGACGCUUAAGGGUAGUGGAUCUGGCGCGCGGAUAUCAUGGUUCAGCUAUUCCAGAAGAAAUAAGAAACUUAUUGCAUUUGAGAUUCCUUAACUUGAGUCGGGGCAGAAACCUUAAAAGAUUGCCCGAUGAGAUAGGAAAUUUAGUCAACUUGAAGCUUCUUCGUACCACAGGCUGCCUCCAAUUAGCUUGCUAUCCAAAGGAAGUUGUGAGAUUAACUCGACUUACACAAUUAUUGGGUCUCAUUGUGAGAAUUGAUCGUGACGAUCCUGAAGAGUUUAGCAUUGGAGAUCUAGCAAAGUUGAAUAAACUUCUCGUGCUUUCUAUGAAAAUAGUGGGAAAUACAAUCAAUGUAGGGGAGGCUAAAAAGGUGAAGCUUCAAAAUUUGCAGGAGGUGAAGAUAUUGGUGGAUGGGGACAUAGCGGAAGCUGAACAUGUCAUACUUGAAUCCUUAAACAUGUCCUCUGUACCAAGGUACAGAUUUCAAACGGACUACUAUAUGGAUGACGGCUUCAAUGAAUCAAGAAAUGAAUGUCUUUACUAUAGCUGGGCGUAAAUGAGAAAGUUGUUGGCGAUGAUGAUGGUGAAGAGAAAAGAUGUCAGCUCCUGUACUUCUUUUCCUUUUUGGUACACGUUCCUUGUUGCAACAGACAUUGCGUGGUUUCUUAUUGUCUAAAACUACCACGUUCUUUUUUCUUGAUUUUAUUUACUUGCUUAUGUUUGAGAUGAUUUGUGACUGGUUUUAUUUCUU